CACAGUGGUGUCUUCUAACUAAAAAUGUUGGGUCAAAGUUUUUCAAAAGUGCUCGUAACUUAUUAACACAUGUUUCUUCCUUUCAUCUUACCUUAUAUGUGUUAAAGGCAGGAAGACAAUUUACCCCACAAGGGAAAUCUAAACGACUAGCUAUGAUAAAAGCUUUAAAAGAAAAGCAACUUCUUAUGGUUAAAUCUGAGCAAGAAGAUAAACAUUUAGCGAACAAAUAUAUGAUCCUUGUUAAGGAUAGAGAUUUUUCUUCUAACGAUGAAAUAAUUAAUACUUUAAACUAUCUAAGCUAUCAGGAAAUUGGUUACUUUGCUGAUGCUUGUAGGGCUCUACCCGUUCACUGCGCAAAUAAGAAACUUUGGGGUUUACUUGGUGACAGAGUUGUAUCUUAUGCUUUAAAACUUCAGCCACAGCAACCCUUUUUAACUUUUUCAUACCGGAACAAGUUAUCUAAAGUAUGCCAAGCUUUUGCUUAUGCUGGCUUUAAACAUGACCUUAUGCUUGCUGCCUUAAAAAAAAGAGCCCACUUAAGUCAUUCUGACUACACCCCUCUCCAAGGCGCUCGAGUUAUGUGGACCUUAUACUGCUUUAAAGAGGCUGAUAAAAAACUCUACUACUCCAUGAGUCGAACUGCUGUUUCUGGUUACCGGGAUGCAGCAUUUAAUACUCUUGUCACAAUGUGCCUUCUCUACGCCAAGGCACGAUUCCCUCAUCCAGCUCUGGCUAAUCGCACACUCAAGCGCUUGAGCAUGUGCGCUCACUGCGUUCACACUGAUGAUCUCGUUGAUGGUGUUUAUGCAUUGGCUUUUUUUCGCCCCAUUAUUAAGGAUCCCGAGUCGCACGCAAAAUUAUUGAAUGAGUUAACCGAGAGAAGCCAGGAACUAACCCCGGAGCACAUCUACGCCCUAUGCUUGGCUUUACCCCAACUGAAAAUAUCUGCUCAUGCACUGCUUUGUCAGUUACAGUACAGGGUUGCUGAACUCAAGUUGACUUUCCCUGAAGAGCAACUCAGUGCUAUCUCGAGUUGGUACGAAGAGUACGACUUUGUUCUCCCACUUGUUGCUCCUCUUCUAUGAAAAUCAUAUUUUCUAAUUUAUUGCUCGCAACCCUACGUACUUUAUUUCUAAGAACUGUACGUAAAAUUUCAUAAGUAGAGCGCUAAAAAAAGAAUUAA